AGUCCCUGGAGCAGAUCUGGCGCCCCUUGUCCUCGCGCCCCGCGAGCACCCCUUCAUACAAAGACAGUACCCACAAGUCCACAUCUAUCGUCUCUCGCAAAAGCCAUGGAAGUCUUUGCCUCCCCCAAGCCCGAGGAAUCCCAAGAGGAAGAUAAGCAGGAAAAACAAGAGGAGGGGGGAGCCAGGGAAGGCUGGCAGCCUGGGGAAGUUGCUCCACCUUCUUCUUCCCAGGACCCCGAACCCGAAGUAGCUGACUCCCUUAAGGAGGAAAGGGAGUCGGCACCCGAGCCCCUGUCCAGGGAUGGUACCCCGCCUCAGAGCCCCGGAUCUGGAGAGAGAGCCUCUGGAGCACCCUCAGCAGACGCUGCAGUUAGCCCUGCCCCUUCAGAACCAAGUUCAGAAGGUCCUCAGCUGAGGCCAGGUCCACAGGGCCUUACUUCACCUAUCACACCUGAACAGGACAGUCAUGCAAUUUCUGUGGCUGGGGAGCCUCAUCCUAGCUGUUCAGAACAAGUUCCUUAUGAAAGGGAAGCAACUCUCCACUUAACUGGAUCAGAGGAAUCCUCCUCUUACCUUUCCCAACAACCCCAGCAUCUUCCCCAGGACCUGAAUCAGAACAUCAAUCCACCAGAAGAACAAGCAGAUGCAGACAGUUUUCAUCAUGAUGAAUCCAACAGUAAUUCUGAUCUCAAUCAGCUAGAACUUGGCCUGACGCAAAAGGGUGCACCUGAACCUGCUGCACCUAGUAAACUAGAGAUUGCUGCCCAGAAUGCUAAGGCAUAUCUGCUGAAGAAAAGUAGCAAGUCUGGCCUAAAUCUUUACGAUCAUUUUUGUGAGAUACUGACUAGAAUUUUAGAUCAACGUCCUGAAAAUGUCGUUGACAUCAUUGAAAAUAUCAGUCAAGAUGUGAAAAAGGCUCACUUUAAUAAGAAACUGGACACACUCCAAGAUGAACAUGAGGUACCUUUGGCAUAUGAACUAGCAGAGAAGCAAAAAGCACUUUUUCUCCAAGGAAAUUUAGAAGGUGAUCAAGAACAGGAAGAUGAAAUAGCAGAAACCCCUUUUCCAAAUAUAAUGGAAUCAGCUUUCUAUUUUGAACAAGCCGGAGUUGGGUUGAGUACAGAUGAAACCUACCGCAUUUUUCUUGCCCUCAAACAGCUCACUGACACACAACCAAUACACACAUGCCGCUUCUGGGGGAAAAUCUUGGGUCUAGAGAUGAAUUACAUUGUGGCUGAAGUGGAAUUCCGUGAAGGGGAAGAUGAAGAGGAGAUAGAAGAGGAAGAUAACAUUGAAGAAAGUGAGGCAGAUGAAGAUGAGGAAGAUGAAUUACCUAAGUCUUCUUACAAGAGCCCACAAGUGAUACCAAAAGAAGAAAACAGAACAGGUGCCAACAAAUAUACCUACUUUGUGUGCAAUGAGCCUGGAAGGCCUUGGGUAAGGUUACCAUCAGUGACACCAGCACAAAUUGUUAUUGCAAGGAACAUCAAGAAAUAUUUCACUGGACGAUUAGAUGCUCCUAUCAUGAGUUAUCCCCCCUUUCCGGGAAACGAGAGUAAUUACUUGCGGGCACAAAUUGCUCGAAUUUCAGCAGGAACUCACAUUAGCCCUCUUGGUUUCUAUCAUUUUGGAGAAGAAGGUGAAGAGGAAGAAGAGGUAGAAGGGGGACAGGAUAAUUAUGAGAAAAAUCCUGAUUUUGAAGGCAUCCAAGUCACUGAGCUAGUAGAAUCCCUGUCCAACUGGGUUCAUCAUGUGCAACAUAUUCUACCUCAGGGCCGGUGUAACUGGUUUAACCCCAUACAAAAAAAUGAAGUAGGGGAAGAGGAAGAGGAAGAGGAAGAAGUUGAAGAUGAAGAAGUAGAAGAAAAAAGAGAGGAGUCAGAUAACAUUGAACAAGAAACGGGGCCACCUCUUUUGACUCCAAUCUCUGAAGAUUUAGAAAUUCAGAACAUACCUCCUUGGACAGCCCAGUUAUCUUCAAAUUUGAUUCCUCAAUAUGCUAUUGCAUUCCUUCGAUCUAACCUUUGGCUUGGAGCAUAUGUCUUUUCUGAUGGCAAAAAGUUUGAGAAUCUUUACAUAGGUUGGGGUCAUAAAUACAGUCCAGACAAUUAUACACCUCCACUUCCACCGCUUGUUCAACCAGAGUACCCCAGGAGGAUAGAAAUCAUGGAGAUGGAUGACCCCACUGUGGAUGAGGAGCAGGCUUUUCAGGUUGCCCAAGAGAAAGCUUUAUUUGAAUCUGAAAAAAUUGAAGAGACUGAAGAAGAAGAUGAUGAUGAUGAAGAUGAAGAUGACUAAUAAUAAUGGAAAAAUGAACUUAGUACCUCAUAAAUAGGUGCUUUGGGGAUACAUGUGUGAGUGAUAAUAGCAACUAAUCAUGUUCAGGAAUGCAAUUCCUUGAAGAUAUGAAAUUUGAUGUUUCAUAUAUGAAGCUCUUAUAUGGUUCUGGACAGGUAUGUAAAUAGAAGGAUAAAAGUAGCAACGCUGGUACUUUAUAUCACUAUAAAAAAUGCUUACAUAUUAGUAAGAGCGGUAUGGAAUAGAAAGUUAGGAAAAUCUUAGCUUGACCACUAACUGGCUGUGUAAUCUGGGGCAAGUUACUCAGCCUCUCUGUGCUUCCCCACCACCCAACUCCCAUCAUCUAUAAGUGCUAACUAAUUCUAAAAUUUUAUGAUCCUAAAUUCAAUUAUGCUUUAGAAAAUGGUCGAUUUAGAGGUCAAUUUGACUUAGGCCAUAUUUUGUUUUGAGAAAAAUUAUUUUAAAAUCCUAAAUUUUGAUAUUUUUAUCCCAAGACAUACAUAAUACUAUGUACAUAAUACUACAUACAUAAUACAUAAUUAACUAUGUGAAAGACACAUGGCCCUCAACAGUCCUUUACUAUGUGAGAAAGAGAAUGAAAGAAGAUAUAUGGAAAACUUUUUAAAUUCUUCAGGAAAAAGCAUUAUAUAGAUCACAGGUUCCCAACCUACAGUCCACACACAGACUAUAGAUUUCAGGAGCCUUAAAACUUGGAUAAGGAAAAAAUGUCAUCAUAAUUUUUAUUAACUUUUAACUAAAAUGUAGCAUUUCUUUCAAUUAUUUAAAACCAUUAUUCUGAGAAUGGGUCCCUAGGCACCAGACUGCCAAAAAAGGUCUAUGGUACAAGAACAGUUAUUAAGUCCUGAUGUAGAUCCAGAAACAUCAAUACUAUUGCUAUGUAAUUAAGAAUUGAGGGCAGCUAGUUGGUACAGUGGAUAGAGUACCAGUCCUGGAGUCAGGAGGACCUGACUUCAAA